GAUUGAUUAUGAUUUCACGGCGAGUGAUAAGAAUAGCUGUAUUGGCUUGGCCUGGAUUAGUGUUGAAACGCAAUCUGCAGCGACAUGAGGACGCGUCCUACCGGUAACAAAUCCAACGCCGACUGGAUGGGCUCCCUGUGCCCUGCGCUAACAUCAAUGCCCCUGAAACACCUGGCGGUGCCCGGGUCUCAUGAUUCCUUCAGCUUCUGGGUGGAUGAGCAAGCUCCAGUCGGUCCAGACCAGAAAGCAUAUGUCAAGCAUCUGGCUGCAGUGUUUCGCUUCCUGGCCAAGAAGGUGAUGAAGAAAUGGUCCAUGACCCAGAAUCUCACCUUCAGGGAACAGCUUGAGGGCGGGAUUCGCUAUUUUGACCUGCGUGUAUCCUCCAAACCAGGCGAACCGGGGCAUGAGGUAUACUUUAUCCAUGGGCUGUUUGGGCACAAAGUACGUGAUGGCCUUAAUGACAUUAACCAUUUUCUAAAUGCACACAAAAAAGAGGUUGUCUUUCUUGACUUUAAUCACCACUAUGCAAUGAGUGAGGAACAUCAUCACUACCUUAUCAAAAUGCUAAAGGAAGUGUUCCGCCACAAGCUCUGUAAGAUCGACGAGGUGGAGGAAAUCACUCUCAACUACCUGUGGGAGAACAGAUACCAGGUCCUAGUGUUUUACCAUCAUCCAUCUGCUGAGGGCUGCCAUCUGAUGUGGCCUGGUAGUAAAAUUCCUGCCCCCUGGGCCAAUACCACAGACACCACCAAGCUUAUCCAGUUUCUGGAAACCACUCUGGGUGAACGAGCCAAAUAUGGGAGCUUUCAUGUAUCUCAGGCCAUUCUCACCCCACGUGUCAAGACCAUCGCCAGUGGAUUGGUUCGUGGGCUGCGGAACUACCUGGUGGAGAAGAACCUUCCAACUAUAAUGUCUUGGGUGGAGGUGCAAAAGCCAGGUGUGAAUGGUGUCAAUAUUAUCACUUCAGAUUUCGUAGAGCUUGUGGACUUUGCAAACACUGUCAUUAGACUAAAUAACCUCCUCCUCAAAGAUCGGUCAGGUACAUGACCUUUGCAGUAACCUCCAACACACCAGUCCUACUGGAUUACUGAAGACUGAAGGCAUGAUGAGGAUGAAGCCCAAGAAUAACAAGGUGGUCAUAAUGGAAUCAUGUGAUUAUCAAGACAAAUACCUAUGACAUAUCAGGUGACAGAUAUUGCUGACCAAAUGAGUUCUAAAUAUGCUAUUUGUUUAAUCAGUCAUGUAUCACUCAAGCUUUAAGUGCCAUCAGUCUGAAACCAAUGGGCAGCUAAUAUCAUUGGAAAUCUAUAGACAACAACAGCUAUCCUUUAAAUCUGUUGGAGAAACAUUAACCCUAGUUUGAAUGUUUGUGUGCUAGUGUAAUUGUUUAUAGAUAUUUAUUAUGUUUUAGCACAUAUUUUAAUAAACAUUAAAAGUUUAUUUUAUCAAAUUAAAAAUGUCUUUUGGUUAUCACCAUAUAGCCAUGUUCUCAGCCCAAGAACAAAAAGGUCACCAAGUGUUAUUUUGCAGAGUUCAAUUUUGCAAGAUGCAAUUUUAAAUGUGUGUUUUG